CUUUGGUAGAUAUGACAGGUACUAAUUUCAAGGUUAAAAAAAUUGAAGAUAUACAAUUCGUUUAGAUUACUGUAUGAGCUAAUAAUACAUCGUACCCGUUUAUAAAAUAGUGACAGAGAUACCAUAUAGUUGAAACGUUGUGUGGUACGUUUGAAAAUGGCAAAUAAAUGGUUACGAGUUAAACAAUUAAAAUGUAGUUUCCGAAUUCAAUUUCGACGAUCGUGUUCUUCACAGCCGAAAUCUUUUAAAUCUAUACCAGGUUUAUCUUCUAUACCAGUUCUGGGGUCUUUACACCAUUUCCUGCCGGUUAUAGGAACUAUCGGAAUUCAAAAGAAUUUUUUCAAUAUGUUAGGUGUUUUACAUGAAAAAUAUGGGUCGAUAGUAAAGAUGGAGGGGAUAUUGGCUAGAGCUAAUAUGGUUAUUUUAUAUAAACCUGAACAUUUUGACCAGGUUUACAGAGCGGAAGAUACCAAUCCAUUGCGACCUGGAUUUGAUUCACUGGUGUACUACAGAACAGUUUUAAGAAAAUCAACAUACAAUGGUGUCUAUGGAUUGACCACAGCACAAGAUGAGAAAUGGCGUCAUUUCCGUACGAAAGUAAAUCCUGCGCUAUUGAAACCUAAACUGGUGAAAUUGUAUGCACCGGCGCUUGACGAAAUAGCGAAAGAAAUGGUAGACAGGUUAAUAAAAUUAAACGGCAAAGGAGAUUAUCUACAAAAGAAUUUAGAUCUUGAAAUGACUAAAUGGGCAUUGGAAUCGAUUGCAUUAGUGGGUUUAGGAAAUCGCCUUGGCUGUAUGGAAGACAACUUAAAACAAGACCAUCCUGGGAGGCAACUGAUCCAAUGUGCUAGAGACAUGAUGGAGCUGGCGUACAAGUUAGAAUUUUUCCCAAGUCUUUGGCAGAAAUAUUCAACCAAGAAUUUCAAGAAGCUGGUGAAAACUUAUGACUUGCAAUGGGAUGUUAGUAAAAUGUAUAUUGAUGAAGCAAAACGACAAAUAAAUGAGCGAGGACAUGAUAUACCUGAAGAAGACAAGAGUAUACUUGAGAAACUUUUAUCAAUAGACGAAAACGUGGCUCUUAUGAUGGCAAACGAAAUGUUAAUGGCUGGAAUAGACACGGUGGCUUUCAGUACAACAGGAGUAUUGUAUCACUUAGCAAUAAAUCCAGAAGUUCAGAAAAAAGCACGCGAGGAGGCACGAUCAGCAGAGCCACAAAAACGAUACAUAAGAGCGUGUAUCAAAGAAUCCUUGAGAAUAUAUCCAGUAAUUCCAGCUAAUUUAAGAAGAACAGGGAAAGACCAUAUAGUAGCUGGGUAUCAUAUUCCUAAGGGGAUUGAUGUUAUAGCUCCAAACGAGUUCUUAUCUAAAUUAGACAAAUAUUAUCCAAGAGCAAAAGAAUUUAUACCAGAGAGGUGGUUGGUGGAGAAAACACAUCCCCUAUAUUAUGGGAAUGCGCAUCCUAUGAUCACAUUGCCAUUUGGAUUCGGCAUCAGAUCUUGCAUAGGACGUAGAAUUGCCGAGAUGGAAAUCGAAACAUUUUUGAGAAAAUUCCUAGACAAAGUGGAAGUUGGCUGGGAAGGACCACCAAUUGAAGUUGAAACUAAAGUAAUGAAUUUAUUUGUAAAACCAUAUAGAUUCAAAUUCAAAUCAAUAUAAAUGCAAACCAAGAUGUUCAUAAAUACAUAAUUAUUAUUCAACAUAAAAAAUAAGGGCAAGUAGUUGUUGCAAAAAUAUAUAAAAACUGUUGCAAUAAUCUAAAAUAAAAUUCAUCAAAUAUUAAUUAAUAUAAAGAAAAGCAAAGUAAACAACAUUAAUUAUUUUUGGAAUACUAUCUAUCAAGAUAUGGAUGGGAUUUUUAUUUACUUAAUUCCAGUUAGUAGUUUAAAUUUCAAACAAAGUUCCUUUCACAAAAACUAUUGUUGGAAUUUAGAUUGCUAUAAUUAUUUAUUACACUUCCUACAUAUUAGCCUAAUUAAUAAUGCAAGUGAAGUGUAAUAAGUUGCUAGUGUUUUAAUGAGGUAAAUAAUAAAAUAUUCAUAUUAUGAUGGC